AAGCACCCUCCACCUACGCAACCGCUAUUAAAGCAUGUCACUGCCCUGCAAAAAGAAAACAAAGAGCUAGAUUCCUUCUACCAAAAAAGGAAGCGAAAUUAGAUCAACUAAUGGCUAACUCAGUUCCUCAAAACAACUCAGCCCGAUUCUCACAUACUAUUUUCACCAUUAUCCUAAAGGGUCAUUGGAACACUCUUUUGAAACCCAAAAUUUGCACCCAAUUAACCUCGACUACCAUUAACUACCUCCUUUACAAGCUCUCCCUUUUCUGUUCCAGUCCUUCUCUUUCUUGGUCUUUCUUUAAAUGGAUCGAAAUUUCUAUUCCAAAUUACGACCACUCUCUGCAAUCCACGUGGACAAUGGUCCAUAUUCUUACAAAACACAAACAUUUCAAGACAGCACAUAACUUGCUCGGAAAAAUUUCAAACAAAGAUUUCUUGUCAUCAAAUUCUGUUUUGAAUGCUUUGGUGAGUACCCAUUCGGACUUUGAAGUGAAUUCUCAUGUUUUGAGUUGGCUGGUGAUAUCUUAUGGGAAAUUGAGAAUGACCCAAGAUGCUUUACAGGUUUUUGAGGCUAUGAGACUUCAUGGUUUAAAGCCUCAUUUACACGCUUGUACUGUGCUUUUGAAUUGUUUAGUUAAAGAAAAAUUGAUUGAUAAUGUGUGGAAAGUUUAUAAGAAAAUGGUUAGACUUGGGGUGGUCGGAAAUUUACAUGUUUAUAAUGUGCUGGUUCAUGCUUGUUGCAAGGGUGGUGAUGUCGAGAAGGCAGAAAAAGUGCUGAGUGAGAUGGAAUUGAAGAGUGUUUUUCCUGAUCGUUUCACGUAUAAUACGUUGAUUGCAUUGUAUUGUAAGAAAGGAAUGCAUUAUGAAGCUUUGUGCGUGCAAGAUAGAAUGGAAAGAGCGGGGAUUAGUCCGGAUAUUAUAACUUAUAAUUCACUUAUUUAUGGGUUUUGUAGAGAAGGCAGAAUGAGAGAGGCUGUCAGGCUUUUUAAGGAAAUUAAAGGUGUGAGUCCUAACCAUGUGACUUAUACUACUUUGAUUGAUGGUUAUUGCAGAGUGAAUGAUCUAGGUGAAGCUUUAAGAGUGCGUGAGAUGAUGGAGGCUAAGGGGAUUUAUCCAGGAGUUGUUACUUAUAAUUCAAUUAUCCGUAAGUUGUGUGAAGAAGGUAAAAUAAGGGAAGCAAAUCGGGUUUUGAAUGAGAUGAGUGAAAAGAAAGUUGAACCUGAUAAUGUCACUUGUAACACAUUGAUCAAUGCUUAUUGCAAGAUUGGAGACAUGGGGUCUGCUAUGAAAGUGAAGAACAAGAUGGUGGAGGCUGGAUUGAAGUUGGAUCAAUUUACAUUCAAGGCUUUGAUCCAUGGAUUUUGCAGGGUGCGUGAAAUGGACAGUGCUAUAGAGUUCUUGAUCAACAUGCUUGACGCAGGGAUUUCUCCAAGUUAUUCUACCUACUCCUGGCUUGUUGAUGGAUACUGCAACCAAGGCAAUGAAGAAAAAGUUAUGAAACUCCCAGAUGAAUUGUUGAAAAGAGGCCUUUGUAUUGAUGUCUCAGUGUAUAGGGCACUCAUAAGGAGGUUUUGUAAGCUAGAAAGGGUUGAUUGUGCGCAAAGAAUAUUCACUCUUAUGCUAGGAAAAGGUAUAUCAGGAGACAGUGUAAUAUACACUAGCCUGGCCUAUGCUUACUGGAAAAUGGGGAAGGUGAAUGCUGCUUCAGAUGUGUUAAAUGAAAUGUAUAAGAGAAGGUUGAUGAUAACUCUCAAAAUCUAUCGAUGUUUCAACGCUUCUUAUGCUGAUGAUAAUAGCAUUUUAGAUUUCUUUUGGAACCACGUGGUUGAGAGGGGAUUAAUGUCUAAGAGUAUACUGAAGGAUAUCGAGCAGAGGAAGUUACAAUUGUAAACUGACCUUGCAGAUGUCUUUUCAGUUACAUACUUGAUUUGUGAUGCUUUAGGGCAUCCUGGUCACAAUGAGACGCAUCUCAAAUAGCUUUCCAUGUGGCUCUACAGAUGUCAAGAAAUGAACUGGUUUAAGUAUAAAUUUCUUUAAAACUUAGAAAUGUGAAGCACCAAAUCGCGGUUUCUAUUGCUUGAUAGUAACUUGCGUUCUGGCUAACAAAAUGGCCAAAGACCAAGCUGGUGAGGCCAAUGGCCAAGUUCAGGAGAAGGCUAGUAAAUGGUGGACAGGACUGUCAAUCCUACUCACUCUGCCUGGGAGUAAAUGCAACUAUGCAAGAGGCAUACAUAUUGACUAAGAAUUAUACAAUGGCUUUUACUGUUACAACAUAUUCAGCACAAUUAUGUAGAGAAUACUAUUUCUUUUUUGUGUCUUGAAUAUGAAAAGACAACGACUCAAGGAUAUUGUUAUUUUCAGAGAUGUCUUGGGAAUAAAAUGUCUAAAAGUAUAGAAAAUAGUAUUUUUGGCAUUCUCAAAUUGAAUUGCAGAAGGAUUUUCACAGUGGAUAUAUUGAGUUCGUAAAGCAGGAAUUUCUAAUACUACAGAAGGCUUAUUGAAGGGUAGGACAGCCACCGAGUAUUAGACGUAUUCUUGUUCUUUGGUGGAUUUGCUUUUGAUUCUAUCAGUUGAUGAGUUCUUCCAUGCUGAUAAACUAGUUUGCAGUGGUAGUCAAAAAUCUCAUGGAAGGAAAAAAAAGUUGAAGGCAUGGAGGAGCAUGAUUGCAGUUGAAAGGGGUGAUUGAAAGCUUUAUGUGGGACAAAAUCUAAUAUGGUUAAAAGGUGUGUACAGAAGGAGUUACUGAUUCUUUAAGGGGUCUUGUUUAGUAGCUGAUCUCUAUAAGUUGAGACCUUUUGCUGAUGAGCCCUGGGUUGCUACACUGUCCUGUAGAUUUGUUCUUACCUCUUUUAACUUAUUGUUAUAUUAUUCUGAGUAUGCUGGCCUUUGCUUAGCCUGAUAUCUUAGAUUCUAAUGUUAUUUCUGCUAUAUUCUUCUACAGUUUCAUGAGAAUAUAUUGGUAGGUUUGUUCCUUCUCCACUACCUUUCUCAUCUUCAUGUUAUCUCUAUUUUUCUUGUUCAAUUCUGUUUCUCUUCCUUGUAACACUUGGGUGCGAAGUCCCAACCUCAUGUUUGCAAUACUGAAUUAUUUUAAG